UGCGAUGCAGUCUUAAUGCUAGCAAUGCUGAGUGAAGAUAAUUGCGUGGAGUUGGAAAGUGAUGGUUUGCCUUCACCGCAAAGGUAUAAGCUGGCUGCCCGCGAAAAUGAAAAGACCAAGCUGGUUUUUAAAAGGCCCUUUGUAGGCAUUUUGGUUUUCGUGUGCCUCCUGUACAUCCUGAAGUUAAGUUGGGGCCCUGACGCAUGUAAGAAAAUCCAUUAUGUGGACCCGCAACGUGUAAAGAGAACACAAAAAUAUGCCAAACACGUGUUGCAAGGAGAAUGUCGAUCUUCUUUUGUGAAAAAGGAGAUGAGCAGAGUAUUUUCAGAGAAGUACAGUGCAGAUAUGUAUCCCUUUGUAGGGGAAGACAAACAUUUGGAUGAAGCUGUGUUUAAAUAUGAACCACCCUUUGGAUUUCAAAAGGUCUCCGAUAGGCUCCAGAAACUUUUGGAGCUUUUACCAGCACACGAGUUUCCAGAAAACUUGAAGCUGAAGCACUGUAAACAUUGUGUAGUCAUUGGGAGUGGUGGACUCCUCCGCGACCUGGGACUAGGUCAUACAUUGGAUCAGUUUGAUGUUGUCAUAAGAUUAAAUGAUGCACCAGUUCAAGGAUAUACGGAUCAUGUUGGUAAGAAAACUACCAUAAGGAUGACCUAUCCAGAGGGAGCCCCACUUUCUGAAAAUGAGUAUUAUCCUGGCAGCUUAUUUGUUGCUGUUUUAUUUAAACAUGUUGAUUUUGAUUGGCUUCAAGCAAUGAUAAAAAAUGAAACAUUGCCACUGUGGGUGCGACUGUUCUUUUGGAAGAAGGUUGCUGAGAAAAUUCCUCUAUCAUCAAAGCAAUUUCGGAUUUUGAAUCCGCUAGUUGUCAGAGAGACGGCCCUGGAUAUGCUACAGUACCCUGAGCCUCGACCUAAAUUCUGGGGUUGGGAUCAGAACGUACCCACAAUUGGCGUCACUGCUGUUGUUCUGGCCACACAUUUAUGCGACGAAGUGAGCUUAGCGGGAUUCGGAUACGACCUUGAACGACCCAACACGCCUUUGCAUUACUACGACAACCUUUGCAUGGCUGCGAUGAACGAACAAACAAUGCACAAUGUGACAACAGAAACACAAUUUCUACAAAAACUGAUUAAAGAAGGAGUUGUGAAAGACCUGACCGGAGGCUUACAUUGUGAAUUCUGCACUAAGUCAAGCUGAUGACUGGACCUGAGUGCAAAGUAGUUUCUUUAGGUUCUUCCAAACUUGUGGGGAGGCCGUUUCAAUGUUUGCAUCCUAUGGACAUUAUGUUAGAACCAUUGGUUUUUGUAUUUUUGUUACAUUUUUUAACUAGUAGUUGUGUUUGUUGGGUUUUGAAAUAUAUUUUCAGGCCACAUUUACUUUGCACACAUUUGUGGUUAGCUAUAUAAAUACAAUGUUGAGUUGAGAGAAAUGUCUUUAAAAUAUUUAAUGUUUUAAAUUGACUGAAGAAAAAAAUAGGAGAUUUUUGUUGUUUUAUAUGUGAAUGGCACUCUCCAUUCUAAGUAUGUGUUUGCCUAACUUAGAGGAGACUUAUUCCCAUGGAAGUGUCCAUGCCUUUGUGGGUCCAGUUCUCAUGCAUAGGUCUUCAUUGUGUGCAACAAGAAAAACAAAGCAUGUUUUUUUUCUAAGUGACUUUAUUGUUUGCAGAUUGAUUAUUCUUGGUGGUAGAUCUCACACUUGUGUAACCUUCCUCAAACCUCUUAUGUUCCCCUGGUGUGCAGAUGCCUGUCUUUUUUUUCAGUUGGGAGGAGGGGAGGAAAAUCUGUUGCAGCAACAGAGUUGAAUUUUCAGUUCUUGAAUGCAGCAUCUGAUCAUGCCUGGUACAGAAAUCAUUGACCUGUGGAAAUGCUUUUGGUCUCGUUUUAACCACUUGACGUAUCUGGACCAAACCUUGCUGUAACCAGAUUUAGUCUGCAGAAAGCUUCUACCUGAGCCAACACUUUCUACUUUCCCUCUUCUAGCUCCAAAAUACCUGGUUAUAAUGAGGUUGGUUCACGUCGGAGUUUAAUUACCACUGUGUGUCAAUGUGGAAUUGAGUCAGCUUUAAGUGAGCUGAAAAAGCACUUUUUAGGGAUUACAUCAGCUUUGGGCUGUUUUUAUAAAGAGGUUUGCCCUGACAGACGUGUGUGGAAGACGUACACUGUCAGGAUCAAAACUGACGAGAAAAAGUUUUUUGUUUUGUUUUUUGUAACCUUUGAAUUGUUGCAGUUAACAUUAGGCCUGCUCUGCAGGAGAUUAAAUACAGGAUUGGUUUGAACUGAUAGUGGCCCUUUUGAAUCAUUUGGGAGGCAGAUAAACUUUAUCUGGAGAACAGUUUGCUUCCCAAAUGUCAUAAAGUAGCAUUUAUAAGGCACAAAUAACGUAAAGAAACUGGCUGAGGGAACAAAAUGCACUAUACGAUGUCUGCUAAAUGGCAGUUGCCAUUUUUAACAAAGUCCUUUGCAAAUGUACUGUCCAAUGACUGGAUAUCACGUAUCGCACAAAAAGCCAAACUGACCAUUUGUGACCUGGUCUUGACAGUGUAAUUUCAUUUUGUAACUAAUAGUAACAGUUAUUUGUCUCCUCCUGUUUGAAUGCUUUCUAUCACUCCGUCCAACUGACAGCAUGUGAAAAUGCCUUUUUUUUUUGGAGUAUGGAAGCUUACCAGACAGUUGAUUAAACUGAGCAGGUGAGGCACUGUUUUGAAAACCAUGGACUGACUAUCCAAGUGAUGAACCUUCCUUUUAUUCAUUGUGUUUGAUGCAUAAAGGAUACUUUUUAAAGAUAGCAGCAGGGUAAGUUACUUCAAGAAAACUCCAUGUUGGAGCGCAACCAUAGAGUUCAUUCUUGCCAUGGAGACUAGGGCAAAUGGAUGAUCUGACAAAGCAAAUCAGUGCUGGCCCUUAUGUUGAGAUGCAGUAAAAUGUCAUUUCAUGAUAUUGAACACAGCAGCUGUGAAUAUGCUCUUUUGGAGGCCCUGAGUCCCAGCGUUUCCCACGACUCAACUGCAAGUGAUAGCAAUCUUCAGUUAGCAUCAGAGCUUCAGUAUCCAUGGCACUGGUUGUGUUGUAGCAAUUGUAUUCAUAAUAGUUCUCAGAUUUUUCUGUCCUUGGAAUCGCCUAACCGUUGUACUAGCAAUACAUUUCUAGGUCUUGUUUUUAAGAAACUGUUAAUUUAAAAAAUAAUUCCCAACAUGUAAAAAGGGGUGCGUGUAAACCUCUUUACAUAUCAGGAAUUAUUUUUGAAACAUAGCACUGUUUAAGAACAAUUGUUUAUAUGGUGUUUCAAUUAAUGCAUAGUAGACUGAUUAUUUUUUCCUCUGUAUUUAAGAUGGUGAGCUACCUUUGUCUCAGUCAGUAUUACUUCAAUGAAAAAUUGUUUGGCAGAGUUCAAAAUGUGUGUAGGGGAGGGACAGGAGGGGCAUUUGAACUAUUAACGUGCAUCCUGCAUCAGCUGUUGCCACACCAAAAUAUUACCCACUGUUCUUGUUUUCAUGUUUUAUGUUAACUAAAUAGAAUGAAAGUUUGAUUAAAGAAAACACGUUAGCAUCUC